GUACUAUGGAUUCAAGGCACUUGUUAGGGAUAGUGGUUUUAUUUACAACAAUUGGGUAUUCUGCAAUGAACGAAACGACACCACUCGCGGGAAUCAAGUUCGAUUAUAAUAACAGCGACACUGGUACAAGUGAAUUUGUGAUUGGAGAUACAACUAGCGUCAUGAAUGCCACAAUGGAUACGAUAAACGCCUUCACCGAUGUAAAUGUUACAGUUGCUAGUUUCACUACACCUGAUUUUAACACCACAGCUGUCACCAAUAUCACAGCUGCUAUCAACACUACAGCUGCGAUUAACACUACAGCUGUGAUCAACUCCACAGUUGCGUACCUUCCAAAAGUGACAAGGCGAAAGAGAUAUACCGAGUUCUACGAAUAUAAGCUUGGACAGAUGUUUUGGCUGUAUAUAUCCCCGAUCAUACUUCUAAUCGGGAUCGUCGGAAAUAUUGUGUCGGUUAUAGUCCUCCAAACGACAAACAUGAAGCGCACGAGUUCGAGUCUAUACCUCGCAGUACUCGCAGUUUCGGACAUAAUGCUCCUUUGUAUGGGGCUACUGAGGAACUGGCUCACUGUCCUUAUCGAAAUAGACAUAAGAUCGCUCCAUGAGGUCGUUUGUAAAAUUCAUACUUUUGUCGUUUACUUCUUCACGCACUUUUCCGGCUGGUUGCUUGUAGCGGUCACCGUUGAGCGAAUGAUCACAAUCUAUUGGCCUCUGAGGACACGAGAUUUCUGCACCAAAAGGAAGGCCGCUAUCGUAAUUGUUUCAAUUGCUGUGAUUCUUAUCGCCAUCGAUGCCCAUCUGAUGGUGGUGAAUGGAAUGUACACGUUGAUCUAUAAUAAUAAAACAUAUCACUAUCCUUGCGUCCACUCACAUGAUAUGUUUUACCAUUUCAAGUAUAAAAUAUGGCCGUGGAUGGAUGUUGCCAUAGCAUCGCUUAUUCCAUUUGGUAUCAUAACGACGUGUAAUGUGUUGAUAAUCCUUAAGUUGAUCCAGGCUCGACGUAUGCGUUUGGACACAAUGAAUUUACAGAAUCAAAAGGUGGAGGACCCAACAUCAGCUAUGACGGCCAUGUUGCUUACAGUUAGUUUCGUAUUCGUUUUGCUGACUCUACCGAUCGCCGUGUACCUCAUACUGGAUGAGGAACAACAAGUCGCGAACAGGUCUCAACACGAUGCGGCCAUAUCCGAACUCGCCUGGGUUUGCGUAAACCUAGCUCUCUAUUUCAACUCGGCCGUCAAUUUCUUUCUCUAUUGCAUCACUGGUCGACGUUUUCGCAAGGAAUUACUGGGUCUUCUGUGUAAGCAUCGCAAGGACGAUCCGAUCGUGUCUAAGUCUACGGCAACAUAUCUUAGCCAAUAUCGGACAAACGUUAGUGUCGUCACCGCAGAGACGAGAGUUGACAGCCCGGAGGAAGUUGCGCACGCAAACAAUUCAGGUGUCAAAAGCAAUAUUCCCGCGCAUGAUCAGAUGCCGAAAAUUCAGAAUACUCAUAUUUGAUGGAGACCUUUCUACCUUCAUGUUCAAAAAUAAAUGACAUUUUAGGUGCAGUUAUUGGAGCAAAUGUGGAUGAAAGCUUAUGUGUCAGUUACAUCUUUCGAAAUGGACGUGAAUUUCCGAUUUGUAAAGUUCGUAAAAUCUGCGUAGGGGGUUUGUACGGAACUUAUUAUCCGAAAAUGCA